CCGCGCAUCGGUCAGGGUCGUGCGCGUCACCCUACUUACCCUCGCAAACAGUGUUUUACCCCUUUUCGUGUCAUCGCCGCGUGUACUCGUAUCGUUCUAUACUAUAUACUGCAAUAUAGCUAUCUCUCUUUCUAUCUAUCUAUCUCUUUCUCUGUUUCUCUCACUCACUCUUCCUUUAUCCAUCUUUCUCUGGAUCCACAGCAACAACCCGCACGAUACCGCACAACACUAUGGAACAUGCGUUGUUUACCGACGACUCUUCCCCGUUAAACACGCCCCGGUGAAUAAACCAAUAAGUCCUCGUCGUCAGAACUUUGCUUGAUUGAAAUUGAAAUUCUCUAUCUCUUUCUCUAUCUAUCUAUCUAUCUCUAUCUCUCUAUCUUUAUUUCAAGAGCGUAAGAAGAAAGAAAAAGUAUCGUUCUCCUGUGUCCGUGGACUUCGUUCGGAUUGUUACGUUUGUUUUUCCCCCUCCCUCUUCUCUUUUUUUUUUAUUUUUAUAUAAAUAUAUAUAUUUAUAAAUUUUAUCUUUAUCUUCGGAUGGAAGAAUAAUAAUGACAAUAGUGUGAGAGGGAUGUUCAAGUGACGACGAUCGUUUCUUUAUAGUGAUAUCGGUGUAUACUUCACGCGGGGGAACGUGUUCUGGGUUCUUUUUUUUUUUUAUUAUUAUUAUUUUAUUUUUUUUUUACUCCGAAUAAUACAUCUCUAUUUUUUACGUGUAUAUAUAUAUAUAUAUGCAUGUGUAUAUUUAUUUAAUCUAUUGAGAAAGAAAAACAAAAUUUCCGGAAGAGAAAGGAGGAUAUAGUAAUCAGUGACAACCUCGUUGGAAACUUCUUGUCAUCAUUUCUGAUACUCUUGAAGAAAUAGUCAGCCACAACUGGACCGACCCGUUCUCUUUCACAAAUAACUUUGGAUUAUCUGGUCGAAAGCAUUCGUUAAGGAUAAUGUCGCUAUAAAAUUGGAUAAGGUUGAAACGCGUUGGCUGUUGGCUGUUAUUGGCGGACAAUUAACAGUUCGUCGAAGUUAAAAGUAUGCCAGGGACAUGCUCAAUGGCCGAACCGGUUCAGGAUCGGCAAUAGUCAGUGAUGACGAACGUCUCGUUUGGAACGGUGCGUCCAGGUCGAUGGCCCAGGUCGUCGGUGACAUGUCGGUUUUUGCUCUAGUUUCGAAUUUAUCUUCGAACCAUCGAAGACUACUACUCAUUGCCAUUUUUAUUCUGUCAUCGAUACCGUGCUAUCGAUGCUUGGAUUUGGGACAAUGCACCAACGCUCUGGGCAUGGAGAGCGGUGAAAUCCCCAAUGAAGACAUCACGGCAAGCUCCAUGUAUGAUCCCAGUCUUGGGCCGAAGCAUGCUAGAUUACGACAGGACAAAGGUGGUGGCGCAUGGUGUCCUAAAAACAUGGUAACAAAGGAAGGCAAAGAAUAUCUCGAAGUUAAUCUUCAUAAUCCUCGUAUUCUUACAUCGGUAAGAACGCAAGGUAGAUUCGGAAACGGUCAUGGUGUCGAAUAUACGGAGGAAUACUUCGUCGAGUAUUGGCGUCCUGGGUUCAACAAGUGGGUGCGAUGGAGAAAUCGACGUGGCACUGAGCUCCUAGCAGGCAACAAUAAUCCGUACACGGAGAAAGAACAAAUCUUCGAUCCCGCCAUUGUAUCUACGAAAAUUCGUUUCAUACCCUACACGUCGCAUAUGCGCAUGGUGUGCAUGCGCGUCGAGCUUUACGGUUGCCCAUGGAUCGAGGGUCUGGUCUCGUAUUCAAUGCCUCAAGGAAUAAAAAGGGGCUCGGAAGUUGACCUUUCUGAUAGAACUUACGACGGUAGCGAGGAAGGGGGUUACCUCUCCGGAGGACUUGGUCAACUUGUCGACGGCCAGAAAGGUCCUGACAACUUCAGAUUGGACAUCAGUGGUAACGGUAAAGGAUACGAAUGGGUAGGAUGGAAAAACGACACGCCAAACAUGUUGGGCAAACCAGUCGAGAUAACGUUCGAAUUCGAUUAUUCAAGAAACUUCACUGCCAUUCACCUGCAUAUGAACAAUUAUUUUACCAAAGACGUGCAGGUAUUCUCAUACGCUAAGGUAUAUCUCGGCGUUGGUGGAAACCAGUUUAACGGGGAACCUGUCCAUUUCUCUUACAUACCAGACCUGGUCUUGGAACAAGCUCGCGAAGUUACAAUAAAGCUUCACUCGCGUGCCGCUCGUUUUCUAAAGCUUCAACUAUAUUUCGCGGCAAGGUGGAUCAUGCUAAGCGAAGUAAUCUUUGAAUCAGUUAUCUCAGAAUGGAACAACACUGACGACGAGGAAGCCAAGAACAAAAGUUCCAUUGUACUGGCGACUGGCAGCCCCUAUCAGAAUAACGAGGGUCCGUUGCAAAGGGACGAAGUGAAGGCCACUUUUAAUAAGGAGGAAAACAACGAUAACGCCUUUCCAGAUAAAAAACAUGAGCCCGAGACUAAACAAUUCGUUGGAUUGGUCAUCGGAAUCUUAACAACGGUGAUCAUAAUGCUUUUGGCAGCUAUCAUGUUUAUAUUCUAUCGAAACCGUAGACUCAAAGCUGCAUUAGCACCUUCAACAUUUUACGAUCAACAGGCCGAUCUAAAGGUUUCGGUACAGGAAGAGAGCGAGGACAAGGGACCAAUUUGCCCCCCUCUACCAGCCCAAUACCAUCCUUCUACCUAUAACACGACUACACAGCUUCACGAGACCAUCGCCAAUUAUACAGGUGUUAGCGAGGUGCAACCAGUGUUACUGAACACGCCGAUCGAGCUUGCCAGGCCAAUCCCAACGGUUCAAGAAUAUCCAACCAAUAAUCCACCGCCUAUACCACCCCCACCGGAAAAAUAUUAUGCCAGUACAGAGAUCUGUAAGAGUCCUUUACCACCUUUACCACCUUCUCCGACACCAAGCACAACAGCAGCUAUGAGUGCAAAAGCAUCAAGUAGCCUGACGAGUUACAGUGCUGAGGACACGCUUACCGAGGAAGAGGAUGAUACGGCUGAGUGCAUCCUGGACUUCCCACGGGAAAAGCUCAACAUCGUUGAGAAUCUCGGAUGUGGAUAUUUCGGUGACGUACAUCUUUGCGAGGUCGACAGGUUUCCUGGAUACGAUGACGUCUUCAGGAACACAGACAGCGAUCAAGUCGUCGUUAAAUCUUUAAAGCCAGGAUCGUCGAAUGCUCUUAAGAUAGAAUUUCAACAAGAGGCAAAAAGAUUGGCACGUCUCACAGAUCGUAACGUUGGUCGACUGCUUGGUGCCAGUCUUGAGAACGAUCCUAUGUGUAUCGUAUUGGAAAAUGGCGCUUAUGGGGAUUUGAAUCAGUACCUACAAAAUCACAUAGCCGAAACUUCAACCGUGCACACUGCCAAGACACUGAGUUUCGGCACGUUGGUUUACAUGGCCACGCAAAUAGCAUCUGGCAUGAAGUACUUGGAGGAAAUGGACUUCGUGCAUCGGGAUCUAGCCACAAGAAAUUGUUUGGUGUGUCAAAAUUAUACCAUCAAGAUAUCAGACUUGGGUUCUGGUAGGAACGCAUACGCGGCCGAUUAUUUCCGAAUCGAAGGACGACCACCUUUACCCAUAAGAUGGAUGGCUUGGGAAUCCAUGCUGAUGGGAAGGCACACGUCGAAGAGCGACGUCUGGGCUUUCGCUGUCACGCUAUGGGAAAUUUUAACCUUUGCCAGGGAGCAACCCUUUGAAGAACUUCCGGAUCAUCGCGUGGUCGAGAAUGCGACGUAUUUUUACCAAGAGGACGACAGACGAAUGAUACUACCACUGCCGAAGAACUGUCCUAAGGAGAUCUACGAGCUGAUGCGCGAGUGUUGGCAACGUAACGACGUAGAUCGUCCAAACUUCCGUGAAAUACAUCUAUUCCUACAAAGAAAAAAUCUUGGUUACAAGCCGAACACUUCUAACGACACUUGAUAUCGAGAAUUGGAAGGCUGGAACCUGAUCCGGCUUUCUAUGAUCGGCGAAUUGAACGGAAAUUGGUGGAACUGUCCCUCAUCGACCAACUUAGAACAAAUCGGUCCGAGUUAGUAACCGAAUUACGAAGUAAAAGGGGAAACUUCAGAUUAAAAGGAAAAAAGGGGGAGAUGAAUGAGAAACGAAACGAAAACAAAAAUAGUGAAUUGGUGAAAAAAAAAAAAGGAUGCUUUAGGUUUAACGAGCCGUGAAUCGGACCUUUUUUUUGUUCCCCUCCAACAAAACGGCCUUCUUCUAAUUGCAAAAACUUGUAGGCUUUCACGGUCUAAGGGGCUAAUCGCGCGUGAGGAGAAAACAAAACAAAAAAAAUAAAAGGAAAAGGGAAAUAUGAGAGAGAAGGUGUUGGGGGGGCAGGACGGGGGAGGGGGAAGGGCCGAUAGAAACGUAAUGUCGUUACCUUUAGUCGUUUUCUUUCUUGAAUUAUUGCCAAUUGGACGUACCAAAUCCUUGAUAUCCCUACGAUCUUUUCGUGAAACGUCGAAAAGAUGAGAUAGACGAAAAAAAAAAAACAACAAAAAGAAAAAAGAAGAAGUCUCGUGAAAAAAGUUCAAGACGAGGGAAAAGAAUAUCGAACGGAUAAGACUUCAGCCCUCCCCCUCCCCUCUUCCCCCCCCAUGCCACCCACUUCUUCUCGUCGGGGUCGAGAGACGCGAACAGCUUCGGUGUUUUUGAUUUUCCUCUUUUUUUUUCUGUUCUAUUUUUUUUCUCUCUCGCGUGUUUGCUCUCCUUUCCAGUUAGCCGUUCUUAUAAAACUAAAUUGAGAAAAUGCAUCUCGGAAGAGAGAGAGAGAGGAAAAAAAGUUGAACAUUUAGGGAAUUGCUUAUCGAGGUCAUAGCAGAAAGAUGCAAUAUACAAAAUUUGGACCGAAGAUUGUUUUGGACGAAAGGUACUGUGCUCCGUUCUUGAAAUGUUUAUUAUAAAAACAAUGGAAACAACAAAAUAAUAUUACGACGGGUGCAUGCGAUUUUGCGCUUUUUUUAUUAUUAUUAUUAUUAUUUUGUUAUAUUUUCCUUAUUUUUCAUUUAUCUUCAAUUCAGUAGUUACUUAUUUUUCUUUUCGUAACGUAUUAUUACGUGUCCAUAAUAAUAUUCGCGUGAAAUUUAUAACAUACCACUCAUUGAUUUGUCAUAACUCGAAAUGAAAAAGAAAAAUCAAGUAUGUGUGUGUGUGUGUUAUACAUAUACGUAUAAAAAAAAACUGGGCGUAAUAUUAUUUCUGCGUGUGGCAGUUCGAACGGGGGGUAUUUUAUUUAUUUUUCUCUUUUAUAUGAUAGA